AUAUCUAAUUAUUAUAUAUACUCCAAGAGUUGCGCAAAACAGAAAGAAACAUGGAUACCAAAUAUCUCAUCUUUAAUUUCCUCAUCCUAUCCUUCAUCAUCUACACGAAUGCGAAUUCGUCGGACUGUAUCUACACCAUCUAUGUGCAAACCGCGGAUACUCCGUCGGCCGGCACUACUGCUAACGUAAGCAUCUUCAUCGGCGACAACUACAAAGAUGAACUCUCAAUCGGCAACCUCAAAGAUUGGGGUUUAAUGGGCUCAACCCACAACUACUUUAAGGCCGGAGAAACGGACCUCUUCUCUGUGAAAGGCCCAUGUUUACGUGGGCCCAUAUGCAGCCUAAUAAUCGUGAUAAGCGGUUAUGAUGAUUGGUAUUGCGACUUUAUUGAAAUAAGCUCUGUAGCACUUGGAAAAUCGUGUUCCCAAAAGCAUUUUGUGGUGAAAAAGUGGCUCGAUUACAACAAGGGAUCAGCGCUCAUUCUUCAAGAUGAGUGUGCGAGUGAAUCUGGUAGUUUGAGGAGCUGAUAUUACUCGUACUUAAUUUGAGGAGUAAGUUUUAAUAAGGUUGUGGAGUUUUUGCAUAAUCCAUUAUGCGAUUUUAUUUAUCUUAAUAAUCAAUAAAGUUGGAUGUGCUCAAGUAUUCA